ACUUAUGAAACGACUGAUGAAGAACGACUGGGUCGAGGGAAGAGGCAAUAUGUUUCAUACAGUCGGUUCAGAAAUGAUGAAGAAGAAGAAGAUUCUGAUUAUUAUCAAUCACGAAAAUAUAAUAAAAAGAGGGAAAUGAGUAAGAGUACUACAGUAAAUGUUCAGGCAACAUUACCAUCAUGUCCUUCAAACUUGGACCUUAAUAGCGGACAAUCCAACAUAUUGAAUGAUCAUACAAUUAAUAAUGCAAGCGGAUUCAGCCAAAAAACUAUACAAAAUGAAGAAAGAAAUGACCCAUUGAGGAUAGAUGAUAGCGAGGGUGAAUGUUCCAAUCUGAAUGAAACAUCAAUAAUAUUACAAGAUAAUGUUCUCCCGGUCAGAAACUUAGAAGACAUCAUUAAUGUAAAAGGUAUUAUUUUUGCAUAUUAUUUGCAUUAAAUUAACU